AUGCCAACUGGAGGAGAUAGAUGCGGUCGCCUUAGGGCAGAGCGACGUGACGCGGGCGUCGCCUUUACCAUUCUUAGCAACAUAGACGAUCGCCUGAUGGAGAAAUCACAGAUUCUAAAGCGCUGGAUCGAGCACUCCAGAAGCGUCCCCAACCGUCCCUCUGCAAUCUCCGGCGCCGCCAUCGACCGACUACCCCAAGUGGAAUCGAGUGACGAUCUGAGUCUGCCGUCUUCUUUCCCAAAAAGCGUCUGUUAAGUGCACCAACUCUUCAAUGGGAGGGCACCGGGAUCUGAUGCCGAAGUUUACAAGCACGGCUAGCCCCACCUCAUGGGUCGAAUCAUAACGCUGUUCCAGGAGAUGUGGCGCCACGGACAAGUUCCUCAGGAUUACAAGGAUACGGCAAUUGUCCACUUCUACAAACGGUAGGGAAACCGGCAAAUGAGUGAUAAUCACAGGAAUAUCUCGCUGCUCAACAUCCCCAGAAAGAUUUUCGCUUGCGUUCUUCUCAAGCCUCUCAACGGCUAUCUCGGACAAGGUCUUCUCCCUGAAAACACGUGUGGCUUCUGCCGUCACCAUAGAACCACCGCUAUGAUCUUCGCCCCCUGCCAGUUGCAAGAAAAGUGUCAGGAGAAGUAGACUAACCUCUGUUCUAUCUUUGUGGACUUCACGAAAGCCUUUGACACGGUUAAUCGCGAAGGACUGUGAAAAAUCAUGCAGAAAUUCGGCUGUUCUGAGCCAUUUACGCACAUGGUACGUCAGCUCUGUAUGGAAACGGCAUGGACCAACCUGAGCACCAGGCUCGAUAUGUACACAGCUGUCAUUCUGACGGCACUGCUGUAUGGUAGUGAGACCUGGACAGUCUACAAGAGACAAACACGGAAGCCAAAUGACCUCUUCCUCAGUUGUCUGCGACACAUAUUAAAGCUAAGGCGGCAAGAGAGGAUAACCGACACGGAAGUUUUGGAACCGAUUGAAAUCCUCAGCAUCCGUGCUAUACAGAGGCAACUGCAGCUGCGAUGGAGCGGCCACCUCAUGAGAAUGCUCGACGCUCGCGUACCAAAAGAACUGUUCUACGAAAAUGUCGCCACGGGUGGUCGUUAACCAAGAGGUUAAAAGCGAUGAUACAAGGACACUUUAAAGAACUCCUUGAAGCGACUGAAGAUCAGCUCGGAGACCUGGAACGACCUCACUCACGACAGACCGGUCUGGCGAAGAGAAGUGAAGACUGACGCAGGCCAUCUGUAAAGCAGAUCGGGUCGCCGCUGCCAAAGCCAAGAGGGAAGCUAGCAAGUCCCAUGCACCUCUGAUCCGCAGUAUCAGCGUUCAACCUCUGCUGACAUGCUCACGAUGCCAACGAACAUUCUGCGCGUUAAUCGGCCUCGCUGAGCAUCUUCGGACCCAAUUUACCAACUGGCCGACAACCCCGACCUCUUCCUCCGCAUUUGCCAGUGCUUCAUCCUCCACGGCGUCUACGAUGGCGCCUAUCCCCACCACUUCGCUCCGAAUACCCGUGCCCUGCCUCUGUCGACCAUCGCCACCUCCAACAUCUCUGCCCAAACCUCUGCGGCGACGACUACCACAACUACCUCUACCACCCCCGCAAUCGACAGCAACGCUCCCGGCGCCGCGUCAACCACAAUCCUCACCAUCACCAUCCCCGCCUCCAGAGAUGUGGAUUCGGUCCUAUCCUGUCCUCAUUACAAUCGCAUAUUCAUCCCACCCAUCGGCCUAGUCCGCCACUUGCGAAUCCAGAGACUAGCAAACCAGUGCCAGGAAACCGAACAUACACUCACUGCAUCCACUUUCACUGUCCACAUUCAUUCACCGCAGGGGCCUAUCGAUUACAUGCGUAUCCACAACAGCGGAAUUCAUCGCAGGACAUACACACCUAGCACAUCUUACAUCUCCACCAACUUUUCUAUCCCCAGGCCGACCAACUGCUCAUCGUUCCGUGCGCCCAUCACUAAAAGCACCAUCACCACCACCCCCGAAGCCGAUUCUACAGCUCGCGACCUAUCCGGCUGA